AACAGUCGGGUCAGACGGGUUAACUUGCGUAUUCUCCCAACUGUCUAGGGUUUGAUGAAGAAGCAAGCGUCUCUGUCAGCCAUGAAAGCACGGCGGCGCAACGUCUCGGACUCUCCUCAAACCAACCGUCGACGCAGCUCACGACUUAGUGCAAUUGACGAGUUACUACUGAAGAUCCCAAUCGAUCUCAUCAUCGAGAUAUUCUCGAGGCUGCCACUGAAGUCUAUCGCGAGAUGUCGUUGCGUAUCGAAGCAGUGGGCCUCCGUACUUCGCGGUUCUGACUUCACUCAGUUCUUCUUGACCAAAGCUUUGGCUCGCCAGCAGCUACUGUUCUACUGCCAAAAAGAAAAGGAGGUGAGUUUCUUCUCAUCAGUUCAGCCUCAGAAUGUUGUUGAUGAAGAUUCUUCUCCUACAGCGGCCGUUGAUCAUCAUAUGACUUUCCCCUUUCAGCGUGCCGAAACUAUAUCUAGUUCUGUCAAUGGCUUUUUAUGUAUAAACGAUGAUCGAGAGGUUGUAUGGGUGAUAUGUAACCCUAGCACGAGACAGUCCUUCACUUUACCCAAAAUGAAGACAAGGAGGAGAAGUAGGAAGAUAAAGUUUUUAGGGUAUGAUCCUAUUGAGAAACAACACAAGGUAUUGGCAAUGAUCAUGCUAGAGAAGAGUGUUGUGGACCAUCAAGUUCUUACACUAGGAAAUGGGAACAUGACAUGGAGAUUGAUUGAAUGCGGCAUACCCCAUUAUUUUCCAGGGUUAACAAGCAUAUGCAUCAACGGUGUUUUGUAUUACACUGCUCGUGGUUCCAGUGUUGAUGAUAUGAUAGUUUGCUUUGAUGUCAGAUCUGAAAAGUACAGCUUUGUUAGAGCCGCGGAGAGAGGAAUGCAUUUUGCAACUCUGAUAAACUUCCAAGGAAAAUUGGCUUCAACAAAGGCCGCAAGGCACUAUUUUAUCAGUGGAAGAAGUAAAAGUUUUGAGAUAUGGAUUCUAGAUGACCCUGAAAAACAUGAAUGGUCUAAAUGUAAAUUCAGAUUACCUCUUAUGUGGGGGUCCCCAGCUGUAAAGAGGUUCGUAUCUUUUGUUGGAGUGACGGCUACAAAUGAAUUUGUUUUUUCGUCCUUUUCAUCCGAACCUUUCUAUGUUUACUACUACAAUUUUGUCAAGAACUCUAUAACAAGAGUUCAAAUCGAGGGAAUGGGAGGGUUUAAGUGGGAUUAUAGAGUUGGCAUUUUUCUGAACCAUGUAGAGGACGUGAAGCUUAUGGAACUGUUUUAGGACUUUGUAAAGGAUGCUGGUUCUUAUACUAUUAUAUCACUUCCCUUACGCUUUCAACUUUGCAGGAGUUAAUCGGAGCUUUUCUUGCAUGCGCUUUCUU